UUGCCAGCAGAACAGAACGUGCGCGUGUGGAGGAGCGCCAGAGAUGAGCCGCGGCCGGAUGUGCGGCGCUCCUCGUGCGGCUGCCAUCAACAAGUGAGAUCUUUGAUUGGUUUUAGGAGGAAAAGACGCGCGUUUGGAGACAUGAAGCGGAGGAACUUUACCCUGACAGAGCAGCCUCUGAACUCAUAGGACUCUUUUCUGCAGAAAAUGGGAAAGAAGUGGCUGAGUUAACAUCUUAGCACACAGCUUGUGGACUCCGGUGUUCAUUUCAUGAUAAUCUCAGCAACAAACCCGAGACUGCAGCUGGAUUAUAUCAGAAAAGCAACCCAAUUUCUGGAUGAGAGAACUCUUUCAAAACGAUUUGAAUGGAUUAUCUCCAGAGAAGUUUCCACGUUUUUGCAAAUAUUUUUGGCGUUCUGAACCCUGAUGAAGGGAUUAUCAGCAUUUUAUGCUGAAAACCAGAUUGAAACAUGACUCGUUUUGCCUGACAGGUCUUGUGGAAAGUCACUGCUAAUUAUGCAGGACUUAGCAGGGCCUGGUUUGUCCAGGAAGACCCUAGGCUAUGCCCUGUACUGGGGAUUGUUUCUUGGAAUGCUUAUUGCAAACAAACCAGUGAUGGCUUGUCCUGUUAGCUGUCACUGCGUAGAGARGAAUGGCUUGACUGUUGUCCAGUGUAUGUCUCGUAACCUGGAAAMGAUCCCGCCAGAUCUCCCUAGGGAUACGGUUGUCCUGCUUUUAGCAGCCAACCACAUCACCCACAUCCCCAACCACGCCUUCAAAGAACUCCACUACCUUCAGGAGCUGGACCUGUCCAACAACGACAUCGAGACCGUGGACGUCGGGGCGUUUCAAGGCGUCUCCGACAGCCUCCUUAUGCUGGAUUUAUCAAGCAAUCGCAUCCAAAGUGUCCCCAAAGAUGCGUUCCCUCGCCUGCGGGCGAAAAUCAGCCUGUCCAACAACCCGUGGCACUGCGAGUGCACGCUCCAGGAGGUCCUGAGGGAGCUGCGCCUGGACCCCGAGACGAUCAACGAGGUCGUGUGCCACACGGCCGUGCAGGAGGAGUACGCGGGCAAACCGCUGAUCCAGGUGCUGGACUCAGGGAUCAACUUCUGCAACUUUCACCAUAAGACCACGGACGUAGCCAUGUUCGUCACCAUGUUCGGCUGGUUCACCAUGGUGAUCGCCUACGUCAUCUACUACGUGAGGCACAAUCAGGAGGACGCCAGGAGGCACCUGGAGUACCUGAAGUCACUGCCCAGUAACUCUCAGAUCAGCAAGGACUUUGAUACCAUCAGCACCGUUCUUUAGCAGGAGGUCGGUGUGCAGCUGAAAAUGUUUGUUUGGGUCGAUACAAAGUGACUGGAAAGUUGAUGCUAUGGGGUGCUGUUUGUAAAGUUACACAGUCAAAAAUUACCACCAAC